AUGGAUAACGGCCCACUGCUGGGUGGCGACCCAGCUGCAACAUCCGAGGCACCUGCCUCUACCGAGAUCGCUGGGGCUGCUCCAACUUCCUCUGCGCCGAGGUUGGAUAACCUCGAUGACAUUUUCUCGGAUACACCACCUGCAAUCGGGGAAGCAGCCGAUUUUGGACAUCUCCCUAUCCCUCGGGUCACUAGGGCGGCUAGCCGAGCCACCGAAACUGGUUCAAGGGAAAGCCUAAGUGUGGUGCUCGUCAAUGAGGCCUUUAUCCAUGCUCAGCAAGAGGUUGACGACCUUAAAGGCCAGCUGGAUGCCCAGGGUCGGGAAACGGAAAAGUUCCGGCACCUUUUGCAAGAAAAAGAAGAUCAAUUGAACCGGGCAGCUGCCCUCUCCAACCUUCAACCCGAGCUCGAAGCGGCGAAGGCCGAAAAUCUUAGUUUGAAGGCUGAGUUGGCCGGAAUGGUUGAAAAGAAUCGGCUCCUGGAAGCGGAUAAGGUCGGCCUUAGCCAAGACAAUGCCCGUUUUUCUUCGAGGCUCGGUGAACUCGAGGCCACUAUCUCCCAACUCCAAAGUGAGCUUGAUUCGGUCAAGACUGAUGCCGUGAAGUUGGCCGAGAGGCAUAGGCUGCUUGAAUCCGAGAAUGCUGAGUAUAAGGAGAAGUUGAGGGUAUUUGAACAGAAAGCCGAGGAUAGGGCCCGGAUAUGCGACGAGCUCAAAACCAAAUUCGAGGAGACAGCCGAGGCCAAUGACAUUCUGAAGGCCGAGCUUGAGUCGGCUACUCAAGUUCAAAGAAUUCUCGAUGAAGAGAGGUCGGAAUUAGUGGCUAAAUUGGCCAAAGCUGAGGCCGACUUGGAGGAGUCUCUUAAGAAUGUGGAGGCUGCCGAGGCUCAUACCACGAUUGCGGUUGCAUAUGAACGGUGGAAGUCCCGGAGGGCCACCCUUGAACAAGCUCAACAAGGAUUUGGGGACCUCCCGGCUCUGAUACUCGAAGCCAGAACAAUCGAGGAGGAAGCUAAGAAAGCCCUUGACACCGAGUCUGAGGAUUCUGAGAGAACGAAGUUUCGGAUCAAGGUAAAUGCUAUUUCUGAAGCCCAAGACCUCACCAAGCUUACCGUCGAUGAACUCAUUGGAAACCUUAAAACCUAUGAUAUGAAUAUGACCUUGAAGAAGGAUGAGAAGCAUGAAGUAAAAAGAGAAAAGAGUCUUAAUAUCAAAGCUGCCAGAGAAGACUCAAGUGAUGAUGAAUCUGAGCUGGCAUAUCUCACACGAAGAUUUAUUAAACUGAUUCGAAAAAGUGGUGGAAUUUCGAAGGCAGGAAGCUCCAGCAGAAAUGACUAUCUCUGCCAUAGGUGUGGUAGACCUAGUCACUUCGCCAAAGACUGUUCUCUGAGUAAACAGGAUAGUUAUGACAGAACUGCAAGGAGAAACCAGCUUCCUGACAAAAGGUUCAGAAGAAAGGCAGUUGCUGAUGAAAUAGUAAAGCAGGCUCUUGCCGCAUCAAGGGACUCAUCCUGUGAGUCUGAAGAUGAUGACGCUAGAGGGCAUACAUCCAUGGUGGUCAUUGAAGAUGAAGCCUCCAAGUAUGAGUCUAUCUUUGCACUCAUGUCAAAGUCAGAUUCAGACGAUAGUGACGAGAGUGAUGAAGUGGAAGAGGUAAAUUUCUUGGAGGUAAAGAAAAACCUGAAAACCUACUCUCUAAAUAAACUUAUGUCACUGUCAGGUGUGUUAAUUGAUGCCUACCAUGCCCUGAUUGCUGAAAAGGAUACACUAACUCUUAAAAUCAGUAAUUCCAAACUUGAAAGAGAUAAUCUGUUGGUGUCGAUUGGAGAGAUGAGAGAGCAGGUUGAUUAG